UCAAAGCGCCAUAAUUAUUGCUCCUAUUUAAUUCAACGAACCAAACCCUUUUUUCGCAUUGCAUCUUUUAUUCGUGAAUUUUUGAAUGCAACUUAUUAGUUGCAACUUGCAAGGCUGAAAACUCAUAUUUGGUGUCUCCAAUGAAUAACACACCAAAGAUGAUUGAUGAAAACUCUUCCGCCGCCGCAACAACCACCGUUAGCCACCAUCACGAUGCCUCACUUUACGAUGACGACGGCCGCCCAAAACGAAAAGGAACUGUGUGGACGACAAGUUCUCAUAUAAUAACAGCAGUGAUUGGAUCUGGAGUUUUGUCGUUAGCAUGGUCGAUAGCACAAUUAGGUUGGAUUGCUGGUCCUAUUGUUAUGAUCUUCUUCAGUCUCGUCACGUUGUAUACUUCAUAUUUUCUUGCUGAUUCUUACCGUGUUGGAGACUCUCUUACUGGCAAGAGGAGUUACACUUACAUGGAAGCCAUUGACAAUAUUCUAGGAGGAAAAAAUUUCAUCUUUUGUGGAAUAAUGCAGUAUAUGAAUCUUUAUGGAACUGCAAUAGGAUAUACAAUUGGAGCUGCUAUGAGUAUGAUGGCUAUCACAAAGACGGAUUGCAUACAUUCUUCUCAUGGAAAAAACUCAUGUCAUGUUUCUGGCAAUCGUUACAUAAUAUGGUUUGGGGCAAUCCAACUUCUAUUUUCUCAAAUUCCUAAUUUUCAUAAAAUGGGAUUGCUCUCAAUACUUGCUGCAGUCAUGUCCUUCACCUAUUCCUUAAUUGGUCUAGCUCUUGGAAUUGCUCAAAUUUCAGAAAAUGGUACUUUCAAGGGUACCAUAGCAGGAGCUGAAGCAGAAACACAGGCCAAAAAAGUGUGGGCAAUAUUUCAAGCUCUUGGCAACAUAGCCUUUGCAUAUUCUUAUUCUAAUAUUCUCAUUGAAAUUCAGGAUACUAUAAAAUCUCCAUUUGAAGUAAGAACAAUGAAGACGGCCACAAAUGUGAGUAUUGCAACAACCACAGCAUUCUAUGUUCUUUGUGGGUGCAUAGGUUACGGUGCAUUUGGAAACUCAGCACCAGGGAACUUACUAACAGCAUUUGAUAAGCCAUUUUGGCUUAUUGACAUUGCAAAUUUGGCACUAGUCAUUCACCUUGUGGGAGCAUACCAAGUUUAUUCUCAACCCCUCUUUGCAUUUGUUGAAGAACAGGCAACUAAAAGAUGGCAAGUAACAGGAAAAGAACACAAAAUUCAAAUCCCAUUUUUACCCUCAUACAACCUAAAUACAUUUAGACUAGUUUGGAGAUCAUUGUUUGUUGUGGUAACAACUUUUAUAGCAAUGUUGGUUCCAUUCUUUAAUGACAUAUUGGGAGUGAUUGGGGCACUAGGAUUUUGGCCCUUAACAGUUUAUUUCCCUGUGGAGAUGUACAUCAAACAAAAGAAGAUGCCAAAAUGGAGUGGGAGUUGGAUUUUUUUACAAAGUUUAAGUAUGUUUUGUCUCUUAGUAACAGUUGCUGCCAUGAUUGGGUCCGUGGUUGGUAUCAUAGUUGACCUUAAUGCAUAUAAACCAUUCAGCGCAAGCUUGUAGCCAACAUUCUAGGUUAAUUACUUGCGUUUUAUUUUUCAAUUGUUCAUUCAUUCACUAGUUUAUUAUUACCACACUAAUUAAUUAAUCCUUUUUUUUUUAUCA